AUGGGUUCCAUCGUCAUCCCUCAUCUCAACAGCGGCUGGCACGUAGACCAAGCCAUCCUCUCCGAAGAAGAGCGCCUCGUCGUCAUCCGCUUCGGACGAGACGCAGACCGCGACUGCAUGAAGCAAGACGAAGUCCUCUACCGCAUCUCGGACCGCGUCAAGAACUUUGCCUCCAUCUACGUCUGCGACAUCGACCAGGUCCCCGAUUUCAAUCAGAACAUCAUCGAGACGGUCUACCGCGGCGCCAAGAAGGGCCGCGGUCUCGUCGUCAGUCCAAAGGAUUACUCUACCAGACACCGAUACUAG